AUGUCGGCCAAAGAAGAGCUUACAGCGGGUACGUAGAACUCCCUUGAUUUGUUAAAACCACCACGAAAACUAGGUUAGACUAACCCUCCCGCUGUUGUACAGAUGAGAUUGCGCUAUACGAUAGACAGAUUAGAUUAUGGGGCAUGGCAACGCAACUACGUCUCCGAUCAACCAAAAUCCUCGUGAUGAACCUCGGUGCAGUCGGUACCGAGUGCGUCAAGAACUUGGUUCUAGGCGGCCUCAACUCCAUCGAAAUCCUCGACGACUCCCUCGUCAAAGUAGAAGAUUUCACAGCUCAGUUCUUCCUCCCCAACGACGAGUCAAUCGUGGGGCAAUUGAAACUACCACUAGUCUACGACAAGAUCAAAGAGCUCAACCCACGGGUGGAUUUGAAAAUCAACACCAACAGCACCCAGAAACUCAUCCGCGACCACGCCUAUUUGGCCCAGUUUGAUUUGAUAGUCGCGACUGAACUAACUAAAACUGAAAUGAUCGAGCUCGGUCGAAUCACGAGGGAGUUGGACAAGCCGCUUUACGUGGGGGGUCUUCAUGGACUAUUUGGUUAUAUUUUUGUCGAUUUGAUCGAGCACCAUUCGAGUAAGCAAUUGGGGGAGAGUUCCAUACCGCGGCAGCCCAACACCGAGUUAUCGAGAAACAAGACGAUAUUGGGGCUCAAGAGGGAUGCCAAAACCAAGACUGAUCUAGUCGAGGUACAAGAUGUGUUUGCGCCGAUUGAAACUAUAUUCACGUCAAAAGCCAUCACUCCACAGUACGUGCAUCGAAGAGCAAUGAAGCAGAUUACGCCCUUGCUUCUCACUUUUGCGUUGUUGAAUUUGCCUCCGCUUGCAAGUCCCGAGGAAGUGAUAGAUCCCGCGAGACUCAAAACGGAGGCACUUCAAGUGUGCCAAGAUUUGAACAUCGACGCUAAGCAUUUGGAUGAGAAGUAUAUCGAGUUGUUUAGUCGGCAAGCAUACGCGGAGUAUUCCCCCACCGCUGCGGUGUUGGGCGGAGUCAUUGCGCAAGAAGUUAUACGGUAUUUGGGCAAAAAGGAGAGUCCCGUGAAUAACGUGCUAAUACUCGAUGAAACGGUAGGAAGAAUGCCAAUUUAUUCUAUGUAG